AUGGUCACUAAGACAGCAAGUAAAGAUGGACAACAGAUUCCUGUUCUAAAUCCAAUGUUCGUUCCUCCGAAUAUUGCUCUCGGUGACAAUACAGAGUUAUUUUGUAGCAUAAAACGUGGAAAACUACCUAUUUCUUUUAAAUGGCUUCACAAUGGCAAAGAAGUUACAUCAAAAAUUAAGUUCAAAGUUACGAAUACCGAAACUAGUUCCCAUCUUUCCAUUGGAGAAAUUCAAGCAUCUGAUAUAGGAAACUAUUCCUGUGUUGCUUCAAAUGUAUUCGGCCAAGAUACUGGAAUAAUUAGUUUGAUCAUUGAAGUGCUAUGUGAGGAUGAAGCACCAGUUUUGAAUCCUAUGUUUCUACCACCAAAUAUCGCAAUUGGAGAUAUGACGGAAUUAUCAUGUACAGCAAAAAGAGGAAGUCUACCCAUCAGUUUUUCAUGGCUCCACAAUCAUAAACCGAUAUCUAUUUAUCAAAAAUUUAAAACUUCAAACAGCGAAAUUAGUUCACAGCUCCGUAUUGGAAAAAUCAGUGCAUCUGAUAUUGGUAACUAUACUUGUGAAGCUACAAAUGCAUAUGGAAAAGACAGCACAACCCUAAGUGUCAUGAUUGAAGGACAAAUGUUUAAUCCUUAUCUAAAUAAAACAUUUUUAUUAUACUUAUUUUUGCCUGAUGUUCAAUACAGACUGCUUGUCAAUCCCUUCUUUGUGCUAUUAUGGGUGGUAGCUUCAUGUUCAGCAGUUUCUGUCAAAGAAGAAUCACCAAUUCUGAAUCCAGUGUUUAUUCCACAAAACUUAGCUCUUGGUGACAUGACUGAACUUACCUGUACAAUCAAAAAGGGGGAAAUUUCUGACAGUGAGCCAGUUUUACGGCCAAUAAUUGUGCCAGCAAAUUUAGCUUUAGGAGAUAUAACUGAAAUAUCAUGUACUAUAAAAAAAGGAUCCCUUCCUGUCAUGUUCAAAUGGUUUCAUAAUGGAAAACAGAUUCAAUCCCAUUCUAAAUAUAGGAUGUCGAAUACAGAAAGCAGUUCUCACAUUUACAUAGGAAAAAUUCAGGCAACUGAUAUUGGUAAUUUCACAUGUGUUGCAGAAAAUUCAUUUGGUCAAGAUCAAAAAACAGAAAAUGUUGUAAUCGAAGGUUCUACCAAAGAAGAAUUACCAGUUUUGAAUGCAAUGUUUAUUCCUCCAAAUUUAGCUCUCGGGGACAUGACGGAACUUUCCUGCAUAGUCAAAAAAGGAAGUGAAAUAUCUAACAGCGAGCCUGUUUUACGUCCGAUGAUUGUUCCAGCAAAUUUAGCCUUAGGAGAUAUAACUGAACUAUCAUGCACUAUAAAAAAAGGAUCCCUUCCUGUCAAGUUCAAAUGGUUUCAUAAUGGAAAACAGAUUCAAUCCCAUUCUAAAUAUAGGAUUUCGAAUAUAGAGAGCAGUUCUCACAUUUAUAUAGGAGAAAUUCAAGCAACUGAUAUUGGUAAUUUCACAUGUGUUGCAGAAAAUUCAUUUGGUGAAGAUCAAAAAACAGAAAAUGUUGUAAUCGAAGCUCUUUGUGAAGAAGAACCACCAGUUCUUAAUCCUAUGUUCAUACCACCAAAUUUAGCAAUAGGAGAUAUGACAGAAAUGACUUGUACUAUAAAGAGAGGAAGCCUACCAAUCAGCUUUACAUGGCUCCAUGAUUAUAAACCUAUAUCUUUACAUCAAAAAUACAAAAUAUCAAAAACUGAUAUCAGCUCACUUCUUCGAAUUGGAAAAAUUGAAGCAUCUGAUAUUGGAAAUUAUACAUGUGAAGCUUUAAAUAUCUAUGGAAAAGAUAGCAAAAGUCAAAGCGUAGUAAUUGAAGUGUCAGCAAAGGAAGAAGCUCCAUUUUUAAAUCCGAUGGUUAUUCCACCAAAUUUAGCGUUAGGUGACAUGGCUGAGCUCUCAUGUACAAUCAAAAGGGGAAGUUUACCAAUUAAAUUUGAAUGGUUUCAUAACUACAAUAAAGUAUCAGAAAAUCAAAAUUAUAAAAUAUCAAGUUCUAAAAUUGGAUCUCAAUUUCUGAUUGAAGAGAUAAAAGCUGUAGAUAUUGGAAAUUAUACUUGCAAAGCAAGUAAUUUAUUUGGUGAAGACCAAAAAAAUGAAGCUGUAAUGAUUGAAGAAGGCAAAACUGCUGAGAGUGAGCCAGUCUUACGCCCCAUGUUUGUGCCGGUAAACUUAGCUAUUGGUGAUAUAACAGAGCUAUCUUGUACGAUUAAAAAGGGAUCUUUACCUGUUUCAUUUAAAUGGUUUCACAAUGGAGAAGAAAUUUUUUCUCAUUCUAAGUACAAAAUAUCCAAUACAGGAAGCAGUUCUCUUAUUUACGUUGGAGAAAUUCAAGCAAGUGAUAUUGGUAAUUUCACAUGUUUGGUCGAGAAUUCAUUUGGUCAAGAUAAAAAAACAGAAACUGUUGUAAUUGAAGGUUUCACUUUAAAUGAGCCUCCAUUACUGAAUCCUUUAUUAACACCUCCAAAUUUGGCUAUAGGUGAUAUUACAGAGUUUUUUUGUAGUGUUAAAAGAGGAAGCUUACCUAUAAAUUUUAGGUGGUAUCACAAUGGUAUUGAAGUAGAAUCUCACCAUAAAUACAAGAUUUCUAACAGCAAAAGUAGCUCUCAUUUCUCAGUUGGAGAAAUUGCAGCUUCUGACAAUGGAAAUUACACAUGUUCAGCAUCAAAUGAUUUUGGAAUGGACAGUAAGACUCAAAUUAUUCUAAUUGAAGGUUUCUGCAAUGAAGUUCCAGUUUUAAAUCCUUUACUUGUUCCUCCAAAUUUAAGUAUAGGAGAUAUCACAGAGAUAUCGUGCUCUAUAAGAAGAGGUAGUGUGCCAGUAAGAUUUAAAUGGCUGAAAGAUAAUGUUGAGGUUUCUGCUUCUUCCAAAUAUAAAAUUACCGACAGUGGUAGUGGUUCUCAUUUAAAAAUAGGAAAAAUCCAACCUACAGAUAAUGGAAAUUAUACAUGCAGUGUAACAAAUGCUUAUGGAGUAGAUGAAAAAGUUAUAUCUCUAUUAAUAGAAGUUAAAGGAAAUGAAGAAAUUCCUGUUCUAAAUCCUAUGAUUGUACCACCAAACCUAGCUAUAGGAGAUAUGGCUGAACUUUCUUGCACCGUAAAAAGAGGAAGCUUACCAAUUCAAUUUCAAUGGCUUCAUAACAAUGAACUAAUAAAACAGCAUGAAAAAUACAAAGUAUCAAGCUCUCAAAUUGGAUCUCACUUUCUCAUUGGAAAAAUCAAACCUUCCGACAUCGGUAACUAUACUUGUAAAGCUGAAAAUACAUAUGGUGAAGAUAGUAAAACACAGAGUGUUAUUAUUGAAGCUUUUACUAAGGAAGAAUCCCCCAUUCUAAAUCCAAUGUUUAUACCACCAAAUCUAGCACUUGGAGAUAUGACAGAACUUUCAUGUACUGUUAAAAGAGGCAGUCUGCCUAUUACUUUUGAUUGGUAUCACAAUUACAAUCUUGUAAAUGAUCAUCAAAAAUACAAAGUGACCAAAUCUCAAACAGGUUCUAUGUUUCGUAUAGGAGAAGUUACUGCUUCAGAUAAUGGUAACUACACGUGUAAAGCAAGAAAUUUAUAUGGUGAAGACAGUAAAACAGGGAGUGUUCUUAUAGAAGGUUACGCAUCAGAAGAAGCCCCUAUAUUAAGUCCAUUACUUAUACCUCCGAAUCUCGCAAUUGGUGACACAACAGAAUUCUUGUGUACAGUAAGACGGGGGAGUCAACCAAUUUCUUUUUCGUGGAUGCACAAUGGUUAUGAGAUUGAAAAACAUUACAAGUAUAAAACAUCUAAUGGUAAGACAAGUUCGCAACUAUCAAUUGGAAAAAUUCAAGCAUCUGAUAUUGGUAAUUAUUCUUGUGUGGCAACAAACAGAUUUGGACAAGAUACCAUGACUGGUAGUUUAAUAAUUGAUGGACUGACUUUAGAAGAUGCACCUAUUUUGAACGCUCUUCUUAUUCCACCAAAUCUUGCUGUCGGUGAUAUGACUGAUAUUAUGUGUACAGUAAAAAGAGGAAGUUUGCCUUUAGAAUUUAAAUGGCUUCAUAACGGGAAAGAUAUGCUUUCACAUUCAAAAUAUAAAAUAACUUCCAUGGGAAGUGCUUCUCAUUUAUCAUUAAGUAAAAUAGGAGCAACAGAUAUCGGAAAUUACACUUGCAUUGUUAAGAACUCAUUCGGUCAGGAUAAAAACACAGUGAAUGUAGUUUUAGACGGUUGUGCUUCAAGUGAUGAUGCUCCUGUAUUAAGUCCUUUGUUUAUUCCUCCUAACCUUGAAAUAGGUGAUAAAACAGAGUUAUCUUGUACUGUGAAAAGGGGAAGUGAACCAAUAUCUUUUUCAUGGCUCCAUAAUAAAAUACCUAUUGAAAGUCACAAGAAGUAUAAAAUUUUUGACAGGAAAUCAAGCUCUCAACUGUCUGUUGGCCAAAUACAACCGUCGGAUGUAGGUAAUUUUACAUGCAUAGCUAUGAACAGAUUUGGGCAAGAUAGCAUUACAGGAAAUUUGAUAAUUGAAGGUAACUGUAAGGAUGUGACAGAGUCGCAAAAGGGGAAAUUGUGUUUGGCCAUAUCUAUGGUCAUACGUCGACAUCUUCAUGAAGAGUGUGUUGUCGAUACCCCUAUUUUUCAAGAAGACCACAGCAAAGUUCAUAGGGCAGGAAGAAUAUGUGACUGGUCUUAUGAACACUCAAUUUCAUCUCGACUGGAAUGCAAAGUCACCUGUGUUCAACCCCAUUUAAAAUUUGUGGGACGUGUUGGAACAACGGGUAAAACGCCGAAAUCAACAUCCUCGCUAUUUGGUGGAUUUGGGCGAUCACAUCCUCAACGAGUGGCUUACAUUGGAUUCGACAGAAAAUUACUCACAGCUAUAUGCAUAAAUAUGUUUCAAGUCAAGCUUCAAUUAUUAUUGCUAACUCUCGUAUUCUUCAUUAUCCACAAAGGAAAUAUGGCAGAUGACGCACCAAUUUUGAAUGAUCUUCUCAUUCCUACAAAUAUUGCAUUGGGUGACAUAACCGAUAUAAUUUGCACUGUAAAAAGAGGAAGCUUACCAAUGGAAUUCAAGUGGCUUCACAAUGGAAUUGAAAUAACAAAUAGUUUAAAGUAUAAAAUAACCACAAUAGGAAGUACAUCUCACUUAUCUCUUGGCAAAAUCGAUGCUUCAGACAUCGGAAACUACACAUGUAUUGUUAAAAACUCAUUUGGCCAUGAUAAAAACAUUGUUAAAGUUAUUUUAGAAGGUUCAGAUAUGAAUCAAGAAUCUCCAAUUCUAUAUCCACUAAUGAUUCCUUUAAAUCCAACACUUGGAGAUGAAGCAGACAUAAUGUGCAAGCUAAGAAGAGGUUCUGUGCCUGUUGAGUUCCAGUGGUUUAAAAAUGGGAAAGAAAUUUCUUCCAAUCAAAAAUUAAAAGUUUAUAUGAAAUCCGCUGUUGAAGGGUAG